AUGGGUGGUGACGAGCUACCAUACGCCCUGGAUGCCGAGACUCCACUGAAGGAGUCGGAGCUCCGGGUCCUCCGCGAUCAGUUCGAGAAGGAGGGUGAGAUGGUGAGCGUACAGACCAAGUUCAACUAUGCCUGGGGUCUCGUAAAAUCCCAAUCGCGAGCCGACCAGCAACUCGGCGUCCGUCUCCUCUCCGACAUCUUCCGCGUUGCUCCCGAACGCCGUCGCGAAUGCCUCUACUACCUAGCCCUCGGUAACUACAAGCUCGGCAACUACGGCGAGGCGAGACGAUAUAACGACAUCCUCCUCGACAAGGAGCCCGCAAACCUCCAGGCCUCGAAUCUACAGACGUUGAUAGACGACCGCGUCACUCGGGAGGGUCUCGUCGGCGUGGCGAUAAUGGGCGGUGUUGCUGUUGCGGCUGGCGCUGUGGGUGCAUUUUUGCUCAGGAAUGCGCGGAAGAGGUGA